UUUGAAUUAGGAAAAAAAAGAUCAAAUCGUCCUUUGAAAGUUUCCCAAAAGGCCGAACUUUCUGAAAUUCACUGGCGAAAUUUUCCCGCUCGGAGCUUUUCUUCUGCCGAUGGAUCCACCAGCUCCGGUAGCAGUUGUGGCUACGAUGGAUUCUUACGGAGACGAAGAGUGGGAGCUUUGCAGCGAUGAUGGCUUCGUAUACAAGCGAAGGAAGCGCCGCCGUGUUGCCGGAGAUGAGAGCGCCGCCUCUGCCUCCGCCAGGCCGCCUGAUCCAGGGGCGGAUGCAGAGGCGGGGGGGUCAGAGGGAGAGGAUGAAGAGAAUUCUGUUGAAGCUGAAGAGCAGGUACCAGAGCGAGAUCCAGCAGUGGGAGAUUUUGUCGAACAGUUUGAGCGCGAUGCAAGUUAAGGCCGAUCGAUUCCAGACGCGGCAGAGAGAGCGCCUGGGAAAUGCAGAAAAGACGCCGUCGUUUCAGGAGUCAUCUUCAGGUGGCGGGAAAGAUGCAUCGGGGCGGCGGUCUCUGCUCGAUGAACGCCUAUUCAUGGCGGAAGCACAUGAAGCGAUGGUAAGCGACGUUUCGAAGAUGUGUGAAGCGGCAGAAGAAAUGUGUAGGGCGGAAGAAGAAGAAAGGAAGGAGGCGUUGUUUGAUUUGCCAAUAUGGGGAUCUCCCAGAUAUCUAAUGUCAUCUCUGUGCGUUGAUGAUGGGCAGUAAGUUUAUACUUCUCUCUGAGUUUCAUGACUCCAAACUUUUUUAUGAGAAUCCCUUUCCUUUCCUGUCUGAUAUGUAAAAUCUAAUUUUGCUUUUUACUUGUUUCUUCUAAAGACGCAAAGAUCUUCUUAAUUGUA